GCUCCAUGUCCUCCAGCUACCUUUCAGUUCCGUCAGAAACUACAUACACGGCCACCGUGAGCUGUAAAACAACAUCCUCCUGAAUGAACCUAUGUUCCUGCGAGAACGAUGUUAUGAUCAAAACUGGAACCAUCUAGAGGAGCAUGACAGCAACCAAGGAACAUGAGAAAGCUCAAGCGAACAAGGAGCUACCCGCAGUAAGAGUUGGCUUCUUUCAGCUGUUUCGUUUCGCUACAUGCAACGAGGUGGCGAUGAUGGUGGUGGGUAGCGUGUGCGCCGUGCUGCACGGCUCAGCCCAGCCUCUCAUGCUGCUGGUGUUCGGCCUGCUCACGGACACCUUCAUCGAGUACGACAUUGAGCUGAACGAGCUGAGCGACGAGCGGAAGGAAUGCGUGAACAACACCAUCCAGUGGAAGAAGAACUACACGGAUACACUCAUGCAGGGCAUGAACCAGUCACACAUAAGCGCCACCAACUAUUCCAGCUGGGAGACACUGGCGCCACUGAGGGACAGGUCAUGUGGGCUCCUCAACAUUGAAUAUGAAAUGACCUUAUUUGCCUUCUAUUAUGUCGGAAUUGGAGCAGCUGUGUUCAUUUUGGGAUAUAUUCAGAUCUCCUUGUGGGUAACUGCUGCUGCCAAGCAGAUUCAGCUUAUUAGGAAAAUCUACUUCAGCAAAGUGAUGAGGAUGGAGAUUGGCUGGUUCGACUGCACCUCGGUGGGCGAGCUCAACACGCGCAUGUCUGAUGACAUCAACAAGAUCAAUGACGCCAUUGCGGACCAAGUCGCUAUUUUUAUGCAGCGUUUCACCACCUUUGUGUGCGGCUUCUGCGUAGGCUUUGUGAAAGGAUGGAAGCUGACGCUGGUGAUCGUGGCAGCGAGUCCGCUGAUUGGCUUUGGAGCAGGUCUCAUGGCUCUGUUUGUGGCUAAGCUGACAGGUAAGGAGCUGCAGGCCUAUGCUAAAGCUGGAGCCAUUGCAGACGAGGUCCUCUCCUCGAUCAGGACGGUGGCUGCUUUUGGCGGAGAGAAAAAAGAGGUGCAACGCUACGACAAGAACCUGGUGUCAGCACAGCGCUGGGGCAUUAGGAAGGGUGUGAUCGUGGGCUUUUUCACUGGAUACAUGUGGCUGAUUAUCUUCCUGUGCUACGGCCUGGCCUUCUGGUAUGGCUCCAGUCUGGUGGUGGAUACAGAGGAGUACACACCAGGGACACUUCUGCAGGUCUUCUUUGGUGUUCUGAUUGCAGCCAUAAAUUUGGGUCAGGCUUCACCAUGUCUGGAAGCAUUCGCUGCAGGCCAGGCAGCUGCCACCAUCAUCUUUGAAACCAUUGACAGAGAGCCUGAGAUUGACUGUUUAUCUGAAGCAGGGUAUAAGCUUGAUAGAGUCAAAGGUGACAUUGAGUUUCAUAAUGUCACUUUUCACUACCCUUCUAGGCCGGAGGUUAAGAUCUUGGACCAGCUCAGUGUUACCGUAAAGUCAGGUAUGACCACCGCCUUUGUCGGCCCCAGUGGCGCCGGAAAGAGCACAGCUGUCCAACUCAUUCAACGCUUCUACGACCCUAAAGAGGGGAUGGUGACUCUAGACGGUCAUGACAUCCGCGGGCUGAACAUACAAUGGCUGCGCUCACUCAUUGGCAUUGUGGAGCAGGAGCCUGUGCUGUUUGCCACCACCAUUGCUGAGAACAUACGCUAUGGUCGCCCCGGCGUCUCCAUGGAUGACAUCGUCACCGCUGCCAAAGAGGCCAACGCCUACAACUUCAUCAUGGAUCUGCCCCAGAGAUUCGACACCUUGGUGGGCGAGGGUGGAGGUCAGAUGAGUGGCGGUCAGAAGCAGCGUAUUGCAAUCGCUAGGGCGCUGGUAAGGAACCCUCGCAUCCUGCUGCUGGACAUGGCCACCUCAGCCCUGGACAACGAAAGUGAGGCUGUGGUCCAAGAGGCCUUGGAUAAAGUGAGCAUGGGACGGACCACCAUCUCUAUAGCCCACCGGCUGUCCACCAUAAAGAACGCACAUGUGAUUGUCGACUUUGAACAUGGCCAGGCAGUCGAGAGAGGCAAGCACAGUGAGCUGCUGGACAGGAAGGAUGUCUACUUCACCCUGGUGACCUUGCAAAACCAGGGACUGAAGGCCCUCAGUGAGAAGGCUCGGCAAAUGGCUGAAAAGAUCAGAAAUGUUCAAGAGAAGAUCAGUCUAUCCGGGGCCAGCAGCUACGAGGACAGCAUGGGAGCCUCCAUUCGCCAGAGAUCCAAAUCAGAGCUGUCCAACUUGAUUCCAGAAUCCUCUGUUCCCACUGCUGGAGAGCUCAGCCCCAGAGCCUACGCUGUGUUACAAGCAGACAAAUCCAAAAACGCCAUCCCAGAAGAGGAGGAUGAGGAACCUGUGGAGCCAGCACCAGUUGCUCGGAUCUUGAAGUACAACUUGCCUGAAUGGCCUUACAUGCUUUUUGGAUCUCUUGGGGCUGCUGUGAACGGAGGGAUCAACCCUGUCUAUUCGCUGUUGUUCAGUCAAAUCCUGGCGACUUUCUCGGUUACAGAUCCUGUGGCUCAGAGGAAAGAGAUUGAUCGCAUCUGCUUAUUCUUUGUCAUGAUCGGCAUCAUCUCCUUCUUCACUCAGAUGCUGCAGGGUUAUUGCUUUUCCAAAUCUGGAGAGCUCCUGACCCGCAGGUUACGUCGUCUGGGCUUUCACGCCAUGCUGGUCCAGGAGAUUGGCUGGUUUGAUGAUCACAGGAACAGCCCUGGCGCUCUGACCACACGACUGGCAACCGACGCCUCACAAGUACAAGGGGCUACUGGCUCCCAGAUCGGCAUGAUCGUCAACUCUCUGACCAACAUCGGGGUGGCCAUCCUCAUGUCCUUCUACUUCAGCUGGAAGCUCACGCUGCUCAUCCUGUGCUUCCUGCCCUUCAUCGCUCUAUCAGGUGGUUUCCAGGCCAAGAUGUUUACUGGAUUUGCCAAGCAGGACAAGGAAGCUAUGGAGUCUGCCGGACGGAUUUCAGGUGAAGCCCUGAACAACAUUCGCACCAUCGCUGGUCUUGGGAAGGAGAGGAAUUUUGUGGACAUGUAUAACGCACAGCUGGAUGCUCCAUAUCAGGCAGCCUUGAAGAAGGCUAACGUCUACAGCGCUUGUUACGCAUUCGCCCAUUGUGUCUUCUUCUUGACCACCUCUGCUUCUUAUCGGUUCGGGGGCUACUUAGUACGCCAAGAAGGGCUACAUUUCAGCUUGGUGUUCAGAGUCAUUUCUGCCAUCGUCACCAGUGGCACAGCCUUGGGCAGAGCCUCCUCCUACACCCCUGACUAUGCCAAGGCCAAGAUUUCUGCUGCACGUUUCUUCCAGCUGCUGGACCGCAUACCUCAGAUUAGCGUCAACAGUGACAAGGGAAAUAAAUGGGAUGACUUCCAAGGAAACAUUGACUUCAUUGACUGCAAGUUCACUUACCCAACCCGACCAGACGUCCAGGUCCUCAAUGGGCUGAAUGUGGCGGUGAAGCCCGGCCAGACAUUGGCCUUUGUGGGUAGCAGCGGCUGUGGAAAGAGCACCAGUGUGCAGCUUCUGGAGAGGUUUUAUGACCCCAACAAAGGCAGAGUGCUGAUUGAUGGCCGUGACUCGACUCUCGUCAACGUGUCUUUCCUGAGAUCCAAGAUUGGCAUCGUGUCCCAGGAGCCAAUCUUGUUUGACUGCAGCAUCGCGGAAAACAUCAAGUACGGUGACAACUCACGGGACAUUGGCAUGGACGAGGUCAUCUCCGCCGCCAAGAAAUCGCAGCUCCACGACUUCGUCAUGUCUCUUCCCGAGAAAUAUGACACAAACGUGGGCGCCCAGGGUUCUCAGUUAUCUCGAGGUCAAAAGCAGCGCAUUGCCAUCGCCAGGGCAAUCAUACGUGACCCCAAGAUCCUGCUCCUGGAUGAAGCCACCUCAGCUCUGGACACAGAGAGUGAGAAGACCGUGCAAGCGGCGCUGGACAAAGCUAGGAAGGGCAGGACCUGCAUCGUUAUCGCCCACCGUCUGUCCACCAUUCGGAACUCGGACAUUAUCGCCGUCAUGUCCCGGGGCUACGUGAUCGAGAAGGGAACGCACGACCAGCUUAUGGCCCUGAAUGGAGCCUACUACAAGCUGGUCACCACUGGAGCGCCAAUCAGCUAAUAGCUUUGAGAGUGUAACCCACUGGAAACAAAUGUGAUGAGCUGAGUUAUUGCAUGCAUUGUAUGCUGACGGAACAUCAGAAAGUGACUCUUCACCUUUACAGUAUUUAUUUGUGUGGAAAAGCCCUGUCACACCAAGGGGGAUUGCUGAGGCAUUUCAGGACUAUGGAUCUACGUUGGUAUCUUUGUUUCGCAAGUCACUUGCCAACAUAUAGUGAGAGACUUUGAGAGUUCCCAGCUCAUUACACCAUAAAGGUGGUUUGCGU